GGAGCCGGGCUGGCGAGCCUCAGGCCCUGCGCGCUGCCUUCUCGUUUUGAGCUGCGCCAGGCGGGCGCCGCGGCUGCCCAGAGAAGGAAAACCGAAACCGACGCGAGAGGUUCCACUACCUGGUCGGCCAGCCAGGUGCACCUCUGGCCCCCUCGCCCAGACGCGUGUUCUGGAGCCGGGCGCUCCGCCCGGGCCGCGGGUGCAGGAGGGUCGCGGGUCUUCAGGCCGCUAGUGCGGCCCCUUCCCCAUUUCUGUCGGGUCACCGACCGGCGCAGCCGACCCCCGAGCGGCCAGCAGAAUGGGCCGGUGCUGCUUCUACACGGUGGGGACGCUGUCCCUACUCCUGCUGGUGACCAGCGUCGCGCUGCUGGUGGCCCGGGUCUUCCAGAAAGCCGUAGACCAGACGGUCCAGAAGAAUAUUGUGUUAAGGAAUGGUUCUGAGACCUUUGACUCCUGGAGGAAGAGCCCUCUGCCUGUGUAUGCCCAGUUCUAUUUCUUCAAUGUCACCAAUCCAGAGGAGAUCCUCAGAGGGGAAACGCCUCAGUUGGAAGAAGUGGGGCCGUAUACCUACAGGGAGCUCAGAAACAAAGUGGAUAUUCAGUUUGGAGAUAAUGGAACAACAAUAUCUGCUGUUAGCAAAAAGACCUAUAUUUUUGACCGAAACCAAUCUGUUGGAGACCCUACAACUGACUUAAUUAGAACAUUAAAUAUUCCUGUAUUGACUGCCAUGAAUUGGGCCCAGAUACACUUCCUCCGGGAGCUCAUCGAAGCGCUGUUGGAGGCCUAUCAGCAGACGCUCUUUGUGACGCACACCGUGGAUGAAUUGCUUUGGGGCUACAAAGAUGAGAUCUUGUCCCUCAUCAACAUUUUCAAACCCGACAUCUCUCCCUAUUUUGGCCUGUUCUAUGGGAGAAAUGGGACUGAUGAUGGAGACUAUGUUUUUCUGACUGGAAAAGACAAUUACCUUAACUUUUCAAAGAUUGUGGAAUGGAAUGGAAAAACGUCACUUGACUGGUGGACAACAGACAGUUGCAAUAUGAUUAAUGGAACAGAUGGAGAUUCUUUUCACCCAUUAAUAAGCAAAGAUGAAGUCCUUUAUAUUUUCCCAUCUGAUUUUUGCAGGUCCGUGUAUAUAACUUUCAGUGACUUUGACAGUGUAGAGGGACUGCCUGCCUUUCGCUAUGGAGUGCCUAAAGAAAUACUAGCCAAUACCUCAGAAAAUGCUGGCUUUUGUAUACCUAAAGGAAACUGUCUGGGCUCAGGAGUUUUGAAUAUCAGCAUCUGCAAGAAUGGCGCACCUAUUGUGAUAUCUUUCCCACACUUCUACCAAGCAGAUGAGAGAUUUGUUUCUGCCAUAAAAGGCAUGCAUCCAAAUAAAGAAUAUCAUGAGUCAUUUGUGGACAUCAAUCCUUUGACUGGAGUUAUCCUAAGAGCAGCCAAGAGGAUCCAAAUCAACGUUUAUGUCAAAAAAUUAGACGACUUUGUUGAGACAAGAAACAUCAGAACCCUGGUUUUCCCAGUGAUGUAUUUCAAUGAGAGUGUUCUCAUUGAUAAAGAGACUGCAGCUCGGCUGAAGACUGUGAUUAACACUACUUUGAUCAUCACCAACAUACCAUACAUUGUCAUGGCGCUGGGUGUGCUCUUUGGUUUGAUCUUCACCUGGCUUGCAUGUAAAGGACAGGGAUCCAUGGAUGAGGGAACUGCAGAUGAAAGAGCACCCCUCAUACGAACCUAACCGUGGCCUGAGCUUGGGAUAGGAGCCGGGUGAGCUGUCCUGACCCAGACCACACACACGUGGUAAACCACCGUCCCUACAGGCUUGCCUGCUGUAGGGAGGAGGGAGAAGACCCAGUACUGGCAAGUGAGGAGAGCAUCCGGCAGGAGGUCAAAGAACAGGCUGACAUGGUUGGUUAUUAGGCUUUAUAAAAUCCUGUGUUCCUUGACAAACUGUUUUGUUUUUCAUGUCCCUAGAAAGUAUUUAAUAAACUCCUGUAUUGUAAUUCUGUUGUUGGGUGCUGGUAGCUCCAGAAUUUUAUGACCACUGUUGUGGUUAUAAUGUCCUUGCAUUACUUGUUAACACUAUUUGGUCUAACCUUACUGAGUGUGCUUCAUUCACCAAACUUUGGGCUCCAAGUACAUAAAUGCUAUUUUAUGUUGUAUUCGUCUAUUUAUUUCAGCCCCAACACAGAAUAAAUGAGUUCAGAACCCAGA